AUGAAGGUGCCCAAUACUUCUGCAUUUGUUGCUGUUACCGGUGCUGCUACAUACGAGUCGGCUGACCGGACUGGUAUAAUGGAGAGAACUCUAGCCAUUGAGCCAAGUCUUAGUAGUAGUAAUCGUACGAGUAAACGUACGAUUUCUUCCUCCUCCUCGUCUUCGACGGCCUCCGACUCUUACUGUGUUUCGUUGGCUGUAGGACCGCUGUGGUGGUCCGAUGUCCCAACAAUCAGGACCGAUCACGAUAGGGCGUCUCCCUUGAAGGAAUACAAUCGCAAGGAUUCUUUCGAUUCGACAACGACCACCGCUUCGUCUGAGUAUUAUGAACUGGAUUUCCCCGAAUCAACCGUCGACUAUUUGAACCAUCAGGAAGCUGCUGUAAUACAGGAAGUGCUGAGCCAAUCCGCUCCAACACCCAUCACAUUGAAGCUCUUCGUAACACCGCAGAAGUGCAGCAGCUGGGAGACGGUCUUUAACCCGAUCGACAACAUUCUGUACGUGUCGCUGCCGUCGGCGAUGUCACACGAGGCGUCGAAGCAUUCCUUCAUCUCGCUUCUUGAGUUUGCCGAAGAGAAGCUGGAAUGUGACGCGGUUGUGCUGUGCAUUCGCAAAGAUCGACUCGACCGCCCGAACCUGGUACGGACGUUUUCUUUUGUUGGUUUUCAGCCGCUCAGCCCAAAAUCUCCGCUCGCUCCACCACACAUCGAUGAGCAGCAGAGAAAUGAGUACCUCUUCAUGAUCUACAGCAUCGAGGAGUAGAAACAUACGGAAAUCCAUUUCAUUAUGAUCCAUCCUACCAUCCACCAUCAAGGAUCAUAACAUCUCAGCAGGAAGGCGUGCGUGGGUACUUUCGUAUUAAAAU